AUGCUAACGGUCAACAAUAUCAAUUCACAAAUUGGUAGUAGUGUUAUUAAUAAUUAUGCCUGGAUCAUUAAAGAAUUCACAAAAAUAGAAAAACUAACACCAAAACCUCAGUAUUUUCAUAGUCCUCAAUGGACUUGUAACAUCAGUUUAUUUGAUGACGACGGAUGUUCUUAUAUACCUUUAAAUUGGAGGUUAAAAUUUCAUCCAAAUGGAAAUAGUGAAAGUACUCAAAAUAAUAUCAGCUGCUAUCUAGAGGCUUUAUUUUCUAGUGACGCACAAGCUACUGCACGCGUUAAUGUUAACUUCUAUAUUGGAUUUUAUAUACCAUAUCAACAAGGAGAAUCUCGUAUAUUAAAAUUGGUAAAACGUCGUUGUGAAAGGCAUGAAUUUCUAAAAGCAAAACCAGCUUGGGGAUGGCCGAAUUUUUGUUCGAAAAUACUUCUUAACAAAGAAGUGACAGUUAAUGCUAUUGCAAAUUCAGAUGAUUCAAAGAUUUUACUGCCACCAGAACUUCAAAAAAGUGGCCAAGUUCUAGAUGAUGAUACAUUGGUUGUUCAUGUAGUGAUUGUUACACAAACUCCAGUUGGGAUAAAGGAUGAUUUAGAACCCUUUUCCAAUUUAACAUUGAAUUCACAACCAAGUUCAACUACAUUUGCAGAAAUUUUUAAUUCACAAAAUUUCAGUGAUAUUAAAUUAAUGGUAGACGGGCAAAUAGUAUACGCGCAUCAAGUUAUAUUGGCACAAAGAUCACAUUAUUUUAAAACUUUAAUAAAAAAUGAUUGGAUGCUUGAGAUUAAAGAAUCCAAACCAAUUCAUAUUCAAGAGGUGAAAUAUGAAAUUUUCUAUAACAUAUUAUAUUUCAUCUAUUCAGGUAAAUUGUUAGAGGUAAAGGAUGAAACAGAUCAUGCAAAAAUUACAAAACUUCAAAAAAUCUAUAUUGAUGCAGAAAUGCGUAAAACUCUUGAAGUGGACGCAUUACAUGAACUUAUAGAAAUCGUCAUAUCGGAAAUGAUAUCGUUGAUCAACAUGAAAACUUGGGAUAGCUUACUUAUAUUUUCUUGGGAAAAAGAUCUUUUACGAUUACGAAAAUCAAUUUAUCGUUUUGCAAAACGUAAUUGGAAUGAAAUUCGUGAAAGUGAAUUGUUUAAAAAUAUUUUGUGUGAAGCAAAUGUUGAUAUUAUUGAAGAAUUAAUUGUCUCGGUUAAAAUAUGA